AGUCAGUGGGAAGCGAGUUUUGAAUGGCUCAAGAAGAAUAGUUGUUAACAACCUGCUCUCCCUCUGUGCAUGAUGGAAUCCAAGAAAGAAGACGUGAGGAGGAAACACAUCCGUUUGCACAUGGAAGGGGCGCUGACUGCCCGGGACAAGGUCGGGGUUCAGGAUUUUGUGCUAUUGGACGCAUAUACCAGCGAAUCUGCCUUUGUCGACAACCUCCGCAAGCGUUUCAACGAGAACCUCAUAUACACAUAUAUUGGCACCCUCCUUGUGUCCGUGAAUCCAUACCAGGAGCUCGGAAUCUACACUGUGAGCCAGAUGGAACUUUAUCAAGGGGUCAAUUUCUUUGAACUGCCGCCACAUGUCUAUGCUAUAGCCGACAACGCUUACCGAAUGAUGUGCUCUGAACUAAAUAACCAUUUCAUCCUCAUUUCUGGAGAGAGUGGGGCAGGGAAAACAGAGGCCUCCAAGAAAAUUCUCCAGUAUUUUGCAGUGACCUGCCCAAUGACCCAGUCACUACAAAUAGCCCGUGACAGACUGCUGCUCUCCAACCCAGUGCUGGAGGCUUUUGGAAAUGCCAGAACGGUCCGGAAUGACAACUCCAGCAGAUUUGGGAAAUACAUGGAUAUACAAUUUGAUUUUCAGGGCAUCCCUGUAGGUGGGCAUAUCAUCAGUUACUUGAUAGAGAAGUCCCGAGUUGUCUACCAAAACCAAGGCGAGCGGAAUUUCCACAUCUUCUACCAGCUGCUGGCAGGUGGUGAGGAGGAGCGCCUGGCUUUCCUGGGACUGGAGCGAGACCCCCAGCUGUAUAAAUACCUCUCACAGGGUCAUUGUGCCAAAGAGUCAUCCAUUAAUGAUAAGAAUGACUGGAAAACUGUUUCCAAUGCCUUUUCUGUCAUUGAUUUUACUGAAGCUGACCUCGAGAAUCUCUUUGGAAUUAUUGCCAGUGUCUUACACCUGGGGAACAUUGGUUUUGAAGAAGACGACCAAGGCUGUGCCACUAUCCCAGACACCCACGAGAUCAAGUGGAUAGCCAAGCUCCUGGGAGUCCACCCAGCAGACCUUCUGGAAGCUCUCACCCACAGAAAAAUUGAAGCCAAAACUGAGGAGGUGAUCUGCCCAUUGACACUAGAACUCUCUGUCUACGCUAGAGAUGCAAUGGCGAAAGCUGUUUAUGGACGAACGUUUACUUGGCUGGUCAACAAAAUCAAUUCCUCCUUAGUUAACAAGGAUUUCACCAGGAAAACUGUAAUUGGAUUACUGGACAUCUACGGGUUUGAAGUCUUUGACAAGAAUGGUUUUGAACAGUUCUGUAUAAAUUACUGCAAUGAGAAACUCCAGCAACUGUUAAUUGAGAGGACUCUAAAAGCAGAACAGGCAGAAUAUGAAAUGGAAGGCAUAGAGUGGGAGCCAAUUAAAUAUUUCAACAACAAGAUCAUCUGUGAUUUGGUAGAAGAGAGACAUAAAGGAAUCAUAUCCAUUCUGGAUGAAGAAUGCAUUCGGCCUGGUCCUGCUACAGACUUGAGUUUCCUGGAGAAAUUGGAAGAGAAAGUGGGCAAACAUGCACACUUCGAAACGUACAUACUCUAUUUGACCAGAUUUUGCAUGGGAGAAGAUCAUUGUAUCUCCAUUUUUUUUAGUAUUUGGAUAAUGUUCUUCAAGAGAACAACUACUUCAUACAUAAAAAUAUCUGCAGAGUCAUUGAUUCAAAAAAUUUUUAUUCAAUGCUUUACAGGAUUCUUGGAAAAAAACAAUGAUCUUCUUUACAGACAUCUGAAAGAAGUGCUGUGCAAGUCCAAGAAUGUUAUCCUGAGGGAAUGCUUCCUGCGGGCGGAGUUAGAAAACCGGAGGAGGCCCCCAACAGUGGGGACUCAGUUUAAAAACAGUCUGAGCAGCCUUCUAGAAAUCCUCAUCGCUAAGGAGCCCUCCUACAUCCGUUGCAUCAAGCCCAAUGACAGGAAAGAACCCAGCAAAUUUGAUGACUUCCUCAUAAGGCAUCAGAUCAAAUACCUGGGGCUGAUGGAGCACCUGCGGGUGAGACGGGCCGGUUUUGCAUACCGGAGGAAAUACGAGCAUUUCUUGCAAAGGUACAAGUCCUUAUGCCCAGACACCUGGCCGCACUGGCACGGGCCUCCAGCAGAGGGCGUGGAACGGCUGAUCAACUACAUCGGCUACAAACCUGAGGAAUACAAGUUAGGCAAAACCAAAAUAUUCAUUCGUUUCCCCAGAACUCUGUUUGCUACCGAAGAUGCCUUGGAAUUUUGUAAACAUCAACUAGUUGCAAGAAUCCAAGCCACAUACAAAAGCUGCCUAGGAAGGAGAGAAUAUGUGAAAAAAAGACAAGCAGCCAUCAAACUGGAAGCCCACUGGCGUGGGGCUCUGGCUCGGAAGGCAAUCCAAAGGAGAAAGUGGGCCGUGCGGAUUAUCAGAAAAGUGAGGCAAGUGGAAAGAAGUAUGUUCUCCACACAGGCAUCAGAUCUGCUCAGGAAAAUGUGCGUGAGGAACCUGGUGCAGAAGUACUGCCGGGGGAUCACAGCUGAGCGGAAAGCAAUGAUGCAGCAAAAGGUAGUUACAAGUGAAAUCUUCAGGGGAAGGAAAGACGGCUACGCAGAAAGUUUAAAUCAACCCUUUGCCAACAGUCGGAUAAAUGAAGGAGACAUUAAUCCCAAAGUGCUUCAGCUAAUUAGCCAUGAGAAGAUCCAGUAUGGUGUCCCGGUCAUUAAAUAUGACAGAAAAGGCUUCAAAGCACGGCAGCGGCAACUCAUUCUUACUCAGAAAGCAGCUUACGUGGUGGAACUUGCCAAAAUCAAGCAGAAAAUAGAGUACUCAGCUCUCAAAGGUGUCUCCACCAGCAAUCUGAGAGACGGAAUCUUAGUCAUUCAUGUUUCACCAGAGGACAAGCAAAAGGGGGAUGCCGUUUUGCAGUGUGGACACAUGUUUGAAGCAGUUACUAAACUUGUCAUGCUGGUUAAGAAGGAGAACAUUGUCAAUGUUGUUCAAGGAAGUUUACAGUUUUUUAUUAGUCCGGGAAAAGAAGGCACAAUAGUUUUCAACACUGGACCGGAAGAACAAAUCUAUAAAAAUAAAAAUGGACAAUUAACAGUGGUGUCGGUCAGGAGGAAGUCCUGAUAGAGGAUGACAUCUCACCUCUACCACCGCCAUUUUUGCUCCAACUGAGGAAAUUACAGGGAAAGCAGGGAUUGGAUCCAGUUGGCUACCUCUUCAAGGAACCAGGCCCGCAGCACUAACGGAUCACAUCUGAAGAAACUGAGGGGCGUGCGUUAGGCCAAAGCCUAACCCCAGCUUCUCAGCUGCCUCGUGGCACCUUAUUAAAUUGUCACCUUCUGGACACAGACCCCAGGUCACCCAAAGGCAUGAUUCUAAACACCCUCGACAGGACCUAUGUUUAAUGGGCACUCCAACGUGUCAUUAGAGGGUGGACAAGAUUCUCUACCUCUGUCAAGCUGCCCCGAGACAUGAUGCAAUACUGUGUACAGUAAGUUCUCAAAUAACAUUUCAUUAUGUUGAUAAGACAUCUGAUUCCUGGGCAAGGCCACUGUCUGAGUGGAGUCUGUACGUUCUCCCUAUGUCUCUGGGUUUCUUCUGGGUGCUCUGGUUUCCUCCCACAUCCCCAAGGUGUAUGUAUCAGGUGAACUGGCGUGUCUAUGCAGUCCCAGUCUGAGUGCGUGUGGGUGCGUGAGUGAGCCCCGUGAGAGGAGGACAUCCUGUCCAGGGUGGGUCCCGCCUGGUGUCCUGAGCUGCUGGGAUUGGGCUCUGGCCAUCUGCAACCCUGAACAUGCAGGUUGGAGAACGAAUGAAUACGAAUUUUAUUGUAAAAGAAAAAUGGAUAUAAAGCAUAUGAGCACACAAAUGGACAAUAAAUGCCACAGUGCAAAAGCGUGUAGGGAGCCCGUCACACUUGUAACUGGGGAGGGGCUCCUUAUAAUUUCCCCUUUGCAAGCGUUUAUUCACUGAUUGAUGCGGCCACCGCUACAACCACCCUCACUCACUCAUUCACCAAAACUUAGGUAAUGAUCUUAUUUUUAAUUUAAUUAAAUAUAUGUGUAGCUCAUUUAUUUCAGUGUUUAAUAUGAGAAGUGCUUUGGUCUUUAUUUAGAAGUUGGGUGAUGUUUUUGUGCCCAGCAACAUGCUGUAGGAAUUGAACUCUUGUUUCAAUCCAUUAGCCUCAUGGUUUUGCUUCAAGUCUCAGCUUCCAAGAACCUCUCAAUGACUUACUGUGCAUGGUCUGAGACUAAAGGAAAUUUCCUAAAGCUGCAAAAUUUGAAUUUUGCUUUACAUAAAUGGAACUCAGAUGUGUCAAGGGAUUGGGUUUGGUGAACUGAAGCCGUCUGCCCCAUAACAGUAAAUCAGUGGUAACACCAGCUGAUUCACCCUUUUUCACGAGCCAGGCAGCCUUUGACCCCAAGACUUCCUUUUGGCGUUUGACUUCAAACAAACACUACAGAAACAUGACUCGUCUUUCCCUUCCACCCCGAGCGACUUUAAGGGGGUGAGGCAGAACGUGGGGGCCCUGCCUUUGUUGAAAACCACAUUUGAGGGGCCCGGUUAUGCCGGGCAUGUCUGAAAAGACCCAGAAAACAGAAGCAUUUUAUGACUUUUAUUUUACAUGUCCACAAAUGUCUGCACAACAUACAGUGGCUACAUCUAAAACUUUGAGCAUUUUUUUUAUAGCGCAGAGACGGAAAGGUUAAUGACACACUUAACUGUGUUACAGUGACUUUGGGUAGAGCCUUAAAGACAGCACACGCUCCAGAGGGAGGGCUGAGCGUUGUUCACACUCGGGUCCGAAUUGCUGUUGUAAGGUACAAAGACACACUUUAACUGGGGAAUGGGGUCCCCGCACAGUGAUUCCCCCCACAGGAGGGUGACAGAAUAUGCCAGGAAUUGUCUCGGACAUGGGCCCCAGUCACCACAAUCAAAUGGCUUAUUUAAAACAAACAAACAAACAAACAAAAACCUUGAUUACAACACACCAAAGCUGUUCCAAUUAGUAAAAAAAUUGUAGUUACUACAUUGCAGCGAAACCUGACUCUUUACCAAAUCUUGGGCCAAUGUUUUACUUGGCUAGUGCUUACAUUAUAAAUACUGGUUUUUGCCCUUAGUGCGAACAUAAGAAAAAUCAGUUCCUUGUAUAUUCAGUAACAGAGCUUGGACCAGCCAAUGCUGUCUGUUCACUCAUGGCUAUAAUGCAGCCGACAGAAUUUGUUCACCAUGGAAUGUUUUAUAAACCUGUUCAUAUUCCAGAGAGACAAAGACUCAAAACUACAGGUGCAAAGUUGGAGAAAAAGUGAGGGUAGAGAGCUGCCAGAAACACUAGCUCAUUAGGCAUAGAGGCCACAGCAAAUCAAAUUGUUCCACAAACUCAUUCUUCAUACA